CGCACGUGUGUGUGUUUAAUUAGCGCGUGCGUGCGCGCUUGCGCGAGCAAUGUGCUGACCGCUCUCCAGCAGUCGCGUCUCCUCCGCUCGCGUGCAGGUGUCACAUUCCUCGGAUGCUCGCGAUCAUUUGAACCCGGCACCCUAUCAUCAUGACGGACCCCUCCUCAGCUGCUGACCCCACUGCUGGUCCUGCAGACCCUGGUCCUGAUCCCGGUCCUGCUUCUGCUCCGGAUCCAGCGGUGUCAGGUUCAGCAUCGACUCCUGCGAACGGACACCAUCCGAGCCAAGACACUUUCAACAUGGAGCAGCAGAUGAAAAUAGGAGAACCAGACGACAACGGGCUCCUGGAGAGCAGUAUGCGUCUGAAACCCCACGAGGCUCAGAGUUACAGAAAAAAGGCAUUAUGGGUAUCGUGGGUCUCCAUUGUGGUGACGAUGAUCUUAGCCAUCGCUGCUUUCACUGUUUCUAUAAUGCGGCAUAGUGCAUCAGCGUUUGGAUUUGCUUUUGAUGCCACUCUGGACGUCCUGUCCUCCAUAAUCGUGAUUUGGCGAUACAGUAAUGCGGCGGCCGUCCAUUCAGCACACAGAGAAUACAUAGCAUGUGUCAUUCUCGGGGUUGUGUUCAUCUUGUCGGCCAUCACUAUCCUGGUCAAAGCCAUCCAUGACCUCGCCACAAAACUGCAACCAGAAGUGGAUGACUUCCUGUACAGCGUCUCGAUUGUCAGUGGGAUUGCGUGUGCUAUUCUGUCCGUCUGUAAGUUCAUGCUGGGGAAAGUCCUCACCAGCAGGGCCCUCAUCACUGACGGUUUUAACUCUCUAGUCGGCGCCAUCAUGGGAUUCUCCAUCCUCAUCAGCGCCGAGGUGUUCAAACAUGAACCUAAAGUCUGGUACCUGGAUGGGACUAUGGGGGUUCUGAUUGGACUGAUCAUCCUCGCAUACGGAGUCAAGUUGUUAAAGGACAUGGUGCCCCGCGUCAGGCAGACAAGACAUUACGAGCGAUUCGAGUAGCGAUUCUGAUUCUGGAGGACUCCUCACACACCUGAGAGGAAAACACAACAUAACACACAACACACACCUGCCUCAGGGCAAACGCAGCCACAAACCUCCCCUUGUAAAUAUGGAUCUGAAAGGGAAAACUCAGAAUUAAAUAUAAAAAAUGUGUAUUAUCGUAUCGUUCGAGAUGGAAAUAAGCUAAGAUGCAUUUCAGAAUGUAUAUGAUCUGAUAUUGAAAACCAAGAUUCAUCGCAUCGAGUAAUAUUAUGGGUAUCCAUUUAAUGGGUGAGAGACAUUUUUAGGUAUGAUCUGUGCAGGUUAUUACAAAUAUAAAUGUCCAGGUAGGGAUGGAAGAGGUUUAUCAGGUAAACUUAACACAGAUUGUCAUUCUUGUCAAGUUUAAGUUCCUAUUUAUUUUCGUAGUUCUUUAGUAAAAGCGUUAGUUGCAUCUGUGAAAACCUGUACAUUUUUUACAUGGAGAAAUAGAUUAAAUUUACACAAGCACAUGCAGUAUGAUUACAAAAGUUCUCAUUUUUGAAAUUUCAAUAAACUUUCACAGUGGAAAAGCCGAGUAUAUGAUAUGAAAUCAAGUAUAGAUCGCUCUGAAAGUGUACAAAUUGCAGUCAUGCCAAAAUAAUCUUGCUUAAAUGUCAAAUUAAUCAUUUGAAGAGGUGCUGAAAUGACAUUUUUGUAGACGACGAGUUUGUUUUCUUAAAGAGGACCUUGUUGAAACUUUAAUUUGUCUGUUUUUCCUUGUUAAAACGUGCCAUCGAAUCAUCUACAUGAACUUUGAAGUAUACGAUUCAACAAACAAGGCAUUUUAAUAUCUAAUAUAACUGUAACAUACUCUAAACAUAACACAUGACGAAACUUUCAGUACUUAAAGAGCACUAGCCUAAGUCUACAAAUCAAUAGCUACCAUUAAACCGCUUCAUUUGCUAGACCUAAAUGAUGUAGUUCUGUAAUUUCAUCUUUCGCACUCCACUGAAACAGUAAAGCUCUGUGAAGUUCAUUUGUUAUAGCUUGAUCCAGCCUUGCGUAGAGCUUUUGGUGAAACUUGUACUUAUUAAACGGCACACGAACGUUACUAGCAGAGUAACCAAGCCUUAAAAUCUUGACCCUUCAUGAUGUGAAGUUAUAUGUUCUUAAGUAUUAGACUGUUGUAAUAAUUGCCACGAAAUUUGGCUGUUUAAAUGUGUAUUUGGGAAAAGCCAAGUUUCUGAGCAUUUUAUGUAGCAAAUAUAUCAUAGCUCCAUGGAGCAGUUGGACGUAACGGUGACGUUACCGACGGUCCGAUCGCAUAUGUGCUAUUCAGUGGCAGUUCGUCGUGUGAUUGUCGGUGAAAAGCAACGUUUGUGCUUUGGGAGAAGUGUAUGACUUAUGCUGUUUUUUUCAGGUGUGUGGUCGAAUUCAACGCUCUGUUCUUAAUUGACAUGUUAAAUACCUUGAGUCCAUGUCGGAGGGACUAGACACAAGCACACACCCCUGCAAAUGGGACUUUCGUUUGCACAGUUUAUAAAACCACAUGUAGACAUGUGUUUAAGAACCAAAAAUGAAAAUUUACAGAGGAUUUACUCACUUUCAGGCCAUCCAAGAUGUAGUUCGUUUCUACAACAGAACCGAUUUGGAGAGACAUAGCUUAACUUCCUUAUCGAUGGAUCCUCUGCAGUGAAUUGGUGCCAUCUGAAUGAGAGUCCUAACAGCUGAUAAAAAACAUCACAAUAAUCCACAAGUAAUCCACACCAGUCCAUCAGUCAACAUCAUGUGAUGUGAAAAGCUGCGUGUUUUUAAGCGUGUCCAUCAUUAAAAGUGUUUUAACUUCUGAUAGUCACAUACAAAAUAGCACUUAUUCCAUAAUAACGCAGAGUAGGGUUGCGAUAUAUAACACUAGACAUGAUUAACCAGUAGAAAUAUAUCAACCGGUAGAGAUUUUCGACUAUCAUCUCUAUCGCAGUUAGAGGCUUAAAUGGCGUUGUUCUGCUAAAUGGUCACAAAAGUGUUGCGGGUGCACGUUAUUAAACAUUGCGGUUUAGAAACAAGUGAUUUUAGGCUGUUGGAAAGCAAUCAGCAGCUAAAGAUAACUCAUUUCGCUAUGUGUGUGUGCACUGUCUGAGAGUUUCUGAGCCAUCACAGAGCGUGGAAGUAUUGAAUGCUCAUUGAGUUUUUAUUUUUUAUUUUUAUUAAUGGUUAUUGAGUUAUUGCUGCCACUUUGAACAGUUAAAUGCACACUUGUGUGCGUCAAAAUGCCCAUCUUUGCAAGUAUCCUCGUAAACACAUUAAUUUAGGUCUUAAGUGAAAGCAAACAUUUGAGAAACAUUAUAAUAUGUAACAGUAUAUUGUAUCCAGGCAGCUCUUAAAGUGACAGCAGUCUAAUAUUCCUGCUGUCUAUCAUUCAUUUGUUCUACAGUAGUUUUUGUUGUAUUUCUUGUAAUUAAUUCAUUUAUAAUUCUUAUUAAAUCACUUACUGUUUACUUGUGUUCAGUGAGCUUGAGUUUUUUUUAAUGUAGGCUACUGUUUGUCACUGUACAAAAGUGACAAAAAAGACAUUUCAAUGGUAUCAGAAUUUCAAUAUCAAGACCUUAUUUAAAGCAAAAAUAUCUAUAUUGUGAUAUAUAUAUCCUUAUUGUGAUAUAAAAUUUAUAAUAAUGAAAAAGUCCAUGUCCUGUAGUCAUCUCACAUCAAAAUCCACCAAAUUUUUGUUUAGAACUGUUUAGAUUUGUAAAGUGUUUUUUUGUGCAUAUUUCUCCCGAUUCAGACGAGAUGACUUUUUCACUUGAGAAAGCAAUUUUAUGGAUAGAGAACUCAUAUUUUAGCUGGAGUUGAGUGGAUUACUUGUGGAUUAUUGUGAUGUUUUUAUCAGCUGUUUGCACUCUCGUUCUGACGGCACCCAUUCAAUGCAGAGGAUCCAUUGGUGAUCUAGUGAUGUAAUGCGAAAUUUCUACAAAUCUGUUCUGAUGAAGAAACAAACUCAUCUACAUCUUGGGGGCCCUAAGGGUGAGUAAAUUACAAUUUUGUAGUUGAACUAUUCCUUUAAAACUGAGGCCCGAAAAUAAUCUAGGGGCUAUUAUUUGGUUAGCGCCAUUAUUUAGUUAAAAACUGAAUUCACACCAUUGUUCGAAGAACAAAUAUAUACUCCACAUCGGGCUGAAUGUCAUAAGAUACAUGAAUGUAUAUAUAGAACUAUGUUGCUGUGGAGUACACAUGUAUAUUUACACAGAAAUGUCUGUUGUCACAGAAAAAUGUUUAUUUGAAAAAUAAAGAUAUAUCCUACUGAUUCCUCAAAAUCACUGAAAAACAAA